AAAGUAAAUAUAUUUUCAAAGCUUAAUUAAACUAACAAACAAAGGAAAACAAAUAUGAUAAGCUCAAAGCUGACUAAACUAUUAAUAAAUAUCAUAGCUUUAUUCUUAUCCUUCAUCUUAUUUGUUGAUGGAAGAGAAAUUUUGUCACAAUUUUAAACUGGUUAUGAUAAUUCAACUUUUUAGAACCCAAUAAAAAGCCCUGGAUAAACUACUGUGAAUAUAUAAUUUUAAAACAGCUACUCAAGCACUCCAUAAGUUUUGAUUUAUCUUUCUGCAAUAUCUGUAUAAAAAACUAAUCUAUAAGAUUACAAAGUAGAAGCAACUUAGAUCACCUCUAAAGGGUUUUAACUCUUGUAUACAGUGCAAUUUAAUGCCGAAACUGUGUCUCUAGGAGUUUCUUGGAUUGCUUUUGAGCAAACAUAAAAUGCAGAAGUUAUUUAUUAAGAAGUAAAUGGAAUCAAUUUGGCAAAUUCAGGUCUGUAGCAAUCAUUUAGAUUUGACACUUUUCCAAUUACAUUUUAAAAUAAUUACACAAGCAUCCCAAAUAUCGCAGUAUUCUUUUUAGGAGUUUCUUCUUUGCAAUCGUCAACAGAUACUUUUAGUAUUAAUUUUGCAGAUGCUUAAACUUAUGGAUGUAGUGUAGCGAUAUCAGCAUGGAAUUCUGGCUUAAUCAGCAAAGCAUCAUUUGCGUUGUUUGUUGUGGAUAAAAAUAUGAGUAUCAGUUAAUACGGUAGUUAAAACAAUUAUAAUGGUGGAAGCAUAGAUACAACAAAUCCAUGGAUGGAUGCAACUUAAAGUAAUAGAGUGCUUUAAAAAACUUAGGUCACUUCAAAGAAUUUAUCACCUUCUACAGAUCCAAAUUCUAAAAUUUUAAGCAUUUCAGGGUUUACAGGGUAUGAUGUUAGAUCUAGUUUAUUUGCAAAUUUAAGGAUAAAUACCUCAACUUUUAGUCAAUCUGUAUUCUCACAAAGUGUUGAAACAUGGGGACAAAGCUAGGUAGUAGGAGGAUUUUGGUAUUCAAUGGCUAUUAAUACUACUGUGAAUAACUUUAACUCAACAGACAGUGGACUAGCAUGGUGGAUAAUAUUGAUUAUUGUUUUAGCCAUUUUGAUUGUAAUAAUAUUAGUUGUUUUACUCAUUAUUUGCAUGGAAAGAAGGAAAAGAAAAGAAAAAGAAGCUUUGGAAAAGAAAAACGAAAAUAUAUAAAAUAAGGAAGAAUCUAAAAAUGACAUAUCUAAAAAUGAAGCUACUAAAAAUUAAGAUUUAUCAAAUAUUAAUAAAAAUUUAAGUCAGGACAACACAAAUUCUAUUAUGAUUAAAGACAGAAAUUAUAUUGAUGAUUACAUAGUUCAUAAGGAAAAUCCAAACACAAAGAGAGAUGCUGAUAAUAUUUUUUUAAAUAAUACUCAAUUUAUUUCUCCUAAAAACUCUUCAACAGAGACUAAUCUAGAUUAAUCAAAGAAAAUUAUUUACUUAGGAGGAAAUGUUGAAUAUUCUCCAACACCUGUGUCUAAUUAAAGAUCUCAAUAAGCUAAUUAGCAAAAUAAUAAACAACAAUCAUACAUUCAAUAUUACUAAAAUCCAAGAAAAUAAUAUGAAAUUGUUAAUAAUUAUUAAGAUGAAGAAAACGGUAUUGCAAAUAAAAAUAAUACUAACAACGAUCAUUAAGCUUCUGCAUAAAAUAAUAAUUAAACUUUACCAUCAACAAAUUUAGCUGAUUAGACACAGCAAAAUAAAGCUUAAGCUGAUCAGUCUAAUGUUAUUAUAGAAGGUUAAAAAUAAGACCCUAACACACCAGUACCUUAAAAUUAAGAUGCAAAGAACUAACCUUUAUAAAAUCAACCUAAACCUUAAAAUAGCCAAUAGGAAUAACCAAAUAAUCAAACAAAUUAAUAAGUGUAAAAUAAGAAUAUUUCACAAAAUGAAAAACCUAUUGAUAAAACUUUAGAUGAAUUAGAUAAGCAUAUCAAUAAUUAUAAAAAAGAUUAAGUAAAUUAGAGUUUAAAUUAAUCUUAAAUAUCAUAAGAUGUCGAGCAUAAUGACGAAAUGAAAUAAAUCAAGUUAUCUAAUUAUGACGUCUAUCGCUAAAUAUUACAAAACAAAUAAAAAUUUGAUAAAUAACAAACUAACCAACCAGAUAUGGCAGCUCAGCUACCUUAGUAAUAAAUAAAAGCAAACGAUAAUGAUAACAGCAAUAACCAAAAUAAUCGUAAUCAUAUUCUUAACAAUCGUUAUACCUUAGAUAAGGGUAAUAACAAUAAUAGUAAUAGUAAUAACAAUUUUAAUAUAAAUAAUAACAAUAGCAGUAAUAAUUUCUAUUCGAAUAGCAGCACUUAUAGACCACUUUAAUACUCUUCGAGAUAAGAAGAUUUAUAAUAGUAGAAUUAAAAUAAUACUUUACCAAAUAUUUAAUCAAGUAGCCUCAGCUAGGCUGGUAACAUGAUUGUAAAUGGGUAUGGAAACCAAGCUUCUCCAAACAAAAUCAAUUCAAGCUAAAAGAAAGAAAACGAUCCUAUGUAUUAAUAAAAAACAUAACCAGUGUAAUAUACUUAAAAAGACCCCACCCUUAACACUGUAGACUCUGUUUAUAAGCAUGUAUAGCAAUCUUUAUAUACCAAUCAAAAAGGAAGUGAUUUUCUAUCAGUGGAAGAUGAUGAUGAUAUGCCUAGAAGACCAAAAGAUAAUAGUAAUAUUCCAAAUCUUUGA